CGUGCCCGCAAGUAAAGACGAGAGCUCUUCCGCAACCGAACCAACACAAAUAAAAACAGACGAAGCACCGUCGAGUACCAUGGAAGUAAAGGAAACACCGGCGGAAAACGCCCCAGUACCCGAGGACUCUACCGCAAAAGAAGAUGCGGCUCCAGCCUCAGCGACACCGUCAGACCCCAAAGCAGCUCUCGCCGCGCGAAUGGCCCGCUUCAAAGCGCUGCAGGCGCAAAAAGCCAGCGGGCGCAAAGCCACCGAGCGCGAAGUCCGCGACGCCGAAGACCGCAGCGCGCGUCUGGCACAGCUCUCCAAACUCAGCGCCGCGCACGACAAGGCGUCGUACAAGCUGCUCAAGUCGGAAGACCCCGACUUCGAGCGCAAGCGGAACUGGGACUACACGGUCGAGGAGAGCGAGAGCUGGGACAAGCGGCUGAAGAAGAAGGCCAAGAACCGCGAGGGCGUCGCGUUUGCCGACUACCGGAACGAGGCCAACAAGGUGUACAAGCGCCAUAUUGGCCAGAUGAACAAAGUAGACAUGGAGGCGUAUGCCGAGGAAAAGGCUCGCAAGCUGCAGUCACAGGUGUCGUCUGGCCUGCUGCAACUAGUGGAGACGGAUGCCGGUGAGAUCUACACGGUCGACAGCCAAGGCCGCAUCAACACGCCCGUCGACGAAGCGUACAGCCACGACCACAAGCCCAGCAAGGAGGCGGUAGACAGGCUCGUCGAGGACCUCGAGAAGAGCGAGCGCGCCAGACUCAAGGCUAGGGCCGCCAGGGGCAUCCGCGACGAACAGGACAUGGGCGAUGUCACCUACAUCAACCAGAAGAACAAGCAGUUCAACGAUAAGCUCGCGCGCUUCUACAACAAGUACACGAGCGAGAUCCGCGAUAGCUUUGAGCGCGGAACAGCUAUAUAAAGGAGUCAUCAAACAGAUGGCAGGAAGAAAAAUUACGGUUGUGGUGAAUCUAUACCCUAGCAUAUUUUGUUUCAGUUUAAGGACCUGGCGUUGAUUGGGUGUAUGAGCGAGUUGCA